AUGAACAACUGGGACAGCGACGAUGAGCUCGGAGAAGACGGUCUGGGCAUUCUAGCGCUCUCUAUGCUCCCAACAAUACCUGGAGCAGUCGUGAGGACAUCUGCCACCCUGACAUGGAGAGUUACGUGGGCCAGCAUUUCUGGGAGUAUCAGAAGUCCUGCUUUUACGUGCCCAGAAGUCCCUACAAAAUGGCGGCUUGUGCUCUAUCCCCGCAAUGGGCCCGGUUCUACAUCAACAGACUCGGUGUCCAUCUUCGUCGAUAGAGGAGAUUAUGGAAAGACGACUAGUCUCCCUGCCUUGUGCGUCCAGUUUUGCAUCGUCGUCUCACAGCCGGGGAACCCCUUCAACUUUAUUGGUCAAGACAUGGCAAAGCGAAUGGAAUCAGGAGAAUUAUUAUGUGGGUUCACUCGAUUCUGUUCAGAGGAUCAAAUCGUCGACUCGCCCUACGCCGGUGGCCAACCGAUCCUCAGCCGUGGGGAUGUCGACAUUACAGUGGUAUUACGCAUCAUGUACGACCUCAGGGGUAACCUAUGGUCAAAUGGUGUCCCGGCAGCGCUCACGAAGGAGGCAGAGAUCAUCGAGCAGCAGAAGCAACAACCAGCUCCUAACCCGACACCUUCUACCUCUCACGCCACGUCUCCUAGGGCAUCAACAUCCCGUGGCACGUCCUCUCCAGUAGCAUCCACCUCUCGGGCCGCGGAACAGAAAACACAAGUCGUCGAGCCAGAAACACCGAAGCCAAAGCCGUUGCCUCCUUCUAGAGCGGCCUAUCCAGGUGAAGAGUGCAUGAUAUGCGCCGACGAGCCUCUCCUUUUCCCCACCAAACCGCCAACGUCUUUAUGCACUCACGAGGCACGCAUAUGCCUACCAUGCCUUCAGAACCACAUAUCUAAUGAGAUGAGUACCAAAGGAGCCGUAAGGGCAAUCGUGUGCCCUGCGCCAGAAUGUAUCAUGUUGAUGGAUUACGACGACCUCCGGUACUGGGCAGACGAGAAUACCUUUAGGAAGUAUGAUCGAAUGCUUGCAAGAAUGGCACUUGGCGUCGAAGAAAAUUUCGUCCUAUGCACCAAUGCCGCUUGCGACGCGGGUCAGAUUCAUUCGGAAGGCGCGAAUGCUCCAAUCGUGACUUGCUACGUCUGUCAUCAUAAAACCUGUUUCUUGCACCAGGUGGCGUGGCACGAAGGUCUAUCAUGCGAAGAAUACGACGAAGAGCAAAGGAUAAAAAUGGGUAUGGCAACUACGAAGGAGUAUCUGAAGAGGUUUACCAAAGCCUGUCCCAACUGCAAAAAGCCGCUGGAAAAGAGUGAAGGCUGUGAUGCAAUGUUUUGCAAACCACCAGCGGGCUGCGGGCAUAGAUUUUGCUGGCUAUGCUUAGCUCCAUACGAUAUUAUAUUACGAGACGGGAAUCACCGCCACUAUUCGAGCUGCAAGUACUAUGCUCCCUUUGGCAACGAAGUCCCUCCUUCGCGUGCAGCCUCCCCACCUCCGGCUCCAGCAAGCGACGUCGAGGAUGCAGCGCAAGACGCCGCAGAGGAUCCACCGGAUGAUUCAUUCUAUGAUACUCCGGAUUUCGACUUUACUCCUGCCCCAUCAGUCAUGCUAUCAGCGCCAACAACCUCUACCUGGGCUGGAACAAGCGCCACGCUUGCAUACACCCCCAGAAAGGGACAUGUCGCGUCUCCUAGCUAUGCAAGCUACUCGACAAAUGCCAAGAAGGGGAAGAAGUGGUAUCAUUUCUGGAAAGAAACAUGA